UUAGGGUUCAGUUUGUUCACACGAAACUGUCAGUUAUGGCUGUUUUUCUCUUGGUGCUGUUGGCGGCAGGGAAUGUCGUGUCCGCCGACUGUCCGCAGGAUGUCCAAGCCUACAAGGCGGCCGUGGCCAACGGCGAAGCGUGGGCAAUUCAGAUGCUGGACGCUUCCAUCGUGUUUCCCGACGGUCUGAUGUACGCGCCUGGCCCGAGAUUGGGACACUUCGAACAGUGCCUGUCCGCCCCUAGCGCACCAAACUACUGCCUCGUCGGAUAUCAAAUGAACGCGAUUCCACGUUAUCAACGCGUGAUCCUCCGAAGAAAAGAAACUCUGCCGGCGGCAACUGUACAAGUGGCCGCCUGCGUACCUAGCUCUUGCGAUGCGGCCGGGGCCGUUGAGGUGGCCGCUUUUAAUUUGCAGGGGGUGUUGGACCGAUACGGGGGUCAACUGAAGCAGUCCUUUUGUUAUAUCGAGGAUCAAUUUGAUGGAAAGGCGAUUGCUUUUGUUGCAGUUUCAGUCGCCUUGAUUUCUGCCACUUUUCUUGCAUCUUUCACCGAAAAAAUACCCUGGUUGUCUGCUCGGCACAACCUGAUAGAACUUUUCCGCCAACCUCCACGCACCUCCAUUCACUGCGUGCACGGCGUGCGGUGUCUCAGCAUCGCCUGGGUGAUGGUCGGCCACAAGUUUUACACGCAGAGUUUGGUCGCCCCGCCAGCACCGUCCGGUCCAGAGGCAGCCCUUCCGUGGUUCACGGCCAUCGGAUGGAACGCCUACUUGAGCGUGGACACGUUUCUGUUGGUGUCAGCGAUGCUGUCUGCUCGCGCCAUUGCCAAAUUCCGGCGAUUGCCGCUCGUCCCGUUUUACCUUUUGCGAAUCCUGAGACUUUGGCCUGCACUCGCGGCCGUCGUAUUUUUCUACGCCUGCGCCUCCACCUUGGUUGCCCGAGGGCCUCUUUGGGCUCCGCACGUGCAGACCGAGGCGCAAUUCUGCAGGGAUCGUUGGUGGUCGACGUUGAUCUUCCUCAAUAAUUACAUUGACGUUGACGUGAACCCGUGUUUGAGUUUCUCUUGGUAUUUGUCGAUUGACAUGCAGCUAGCGUGGCUUUCACCUCUGGUGCUCUUCCCUCUUUUGAAGUGGCAAAAGAAGGGCGUAAUCUGGACUUUGGUCCUUCUCAGCGCAACAAUCAUUACAAUUUUUACGCUCACUAUGGUGUAUAAUUUGCCGUGGACAAUGAGCCUUCUUGCAAAAGGUGAUAAGAUAGUUCUGUUCUGGGAUUUGGUCUACACGAACACACCACUGCGAAGCCAGCCCUAUUUGAUUGGUCUCCUCCUUGGCUUUUUUAUCGAGCGGCCUUUCAAAAGAAUUUCCGAUAAAAUCAUAGCUGUCGGAUGGGCCGCGAGUUUAGGCUGCUUCUUCGGCGUCGUUUUUUCGGUGCUUUUGGACCUUGUGGGUGUUUUGGCCGAUUCGAGUGUGGCCGCUGCCUUUUACUCUUCCACGCACAGGAUUCUAUGGUCCUGCAGUCUAUCGUGGCUCAUAUUCGCAUGUCACAAGGGAUUCGGAGGUCCGAUCAACAAAUUUUUGUCCCUGAAAGUGUGGGUUCCGCUUAGUCGACUCACUUACUGCGUUUUCCUCACGCACCUCAGUUACAUGACGAUGCUGGCCGCUGCCCACAAGGCGGAAUCGCAGUUUACCUUUUACGACGUGAUUCUUGGUUAUUACGGGGAUAUUGCGUUGGUUUGGCUACCGGCUUUGCUUUUGCAUUUGACCGUGGAGGCGCCCAUGAGUGGUCUUGUCAAGAUUUUAGCCAAUAAAUUACAGUAGCAAGAAAUUUGUUUGUAUAUUUUGCUUUCUGUAUCAUCAUUUUUGUUUUUUGUUAAAUUAAAUUUAUUUCAUCGGUUUGAUAAAAAUAACACAUCAGGGUGGAUUUAAA